AUGUGCCACCCUUCCAAUACGUUUCGAGGAAUUCCAUAUGGGGCAAUUUUACACCUAUAUUUACAUCGUUCGGAAGGAAAGCAUAAUUAUAAGCGCUCUUCCUAUGGGCACAGCAUAGUAAUUGAUCCUAAUGGGCAGAUAAUUGCCGAACGCUCGGAAUCUGGUCCAGGACUUCUGAUGGCACACAUUCCUGCUCCCGAUAAUUCUAUGGUCCCGCGGCUUAUUGGUGAAAAUAUGCUAGAAUCUCGUGUGGAUGCGCAUUUCGAGGAUCCAGUCGAUCAGAUACGUCGGCAAUUGCCAGUUGCUCAUCAUCGUCGCUUUGACCUCUUUCCACAA